AUGUUCCGUCGUCGCUUUAGAAUGAACAAACCAUUGUUCCUUUGUAUUGUUACCGCUAUUGAGAAUGGAGUCCCAUACUUCAGACAAAGGCGAGAUGCUACUGGAAGGCUUGGUCUUUCUGCACUUCAAAAAUGUACGUCAGCUAUUCGUUUGAUGGCUUACGGAUAUUCGGUAGAUGUGGUGGAUGAAUAUUUACGACUAGCUGAAACAACCGCCCACAAAUGCCUUCUACAUUUUGUUGAGGGAGUUAUAAAUCUGUUUGGCGACGAGUAUCUCAGAAGACCUACAGCGGAAGACCUCCAACGAUUACUGAAUAUUGGGGAAUAUCGCGGUUUCCCCGGAAUGAUAAGGAACAUAGAUUGUAUGCAUUGGAUGUGGAAGAAUUGUCCCACUGCAUGGAAAGGACAAUAUACACGUGGAUCUGGUAAACCGUCAAUCGUACUAGAGGUUGUGGCAUCACAAGAUUUAUGGAUUUGGCACACAUUUUUUGGACCACCGGGUUCGUUAAAUGAUAUCAAUGUCUUGGACCGCUCCCCGGUGUUUGAUGAUAUCCUAGAGGGCCGAGCUCCGAGAGUUAGAUACUUUGUCAAUGGACGGCAAUAUAAAAUGGCGUACUACCUCACAGACGGUAUCUAUCCCAAAUGGGCAACUUUCAUCCAAUCUAUUACACUUCCACGUGGUCGAAAAGCAAAACUCUUUGCUCAAUGGCAAGAAGGAUGUCUGGAAGACGAACGACAUGACUACAAUUUCUACGAUCCAAUGGAAUUCCAUCACGGAGAAGGAAGCGGAAGUUCUCAUGUCGAUUUAUCAUAUUCUACAGAUACGCCAACAAAUCUACAUAAUAUGAUGGGCAUUCAAAAUGAUGUUCAUGAUACAGAAAUGCAUGAUCUUUUGCAAAAAGACUUGAUUGAGCCACUACAAGAAAGCAGGCGGUUAGCGACUACACUACUAGUCGGUUUGUAG